UUUUAUUUUUCUAAUAAUCAGCAAAUCAUGUUCUUAUUGUGAUUGUGAGCUGUCUGUGUAGUUAGUUGUUAUACUUUUGUUGUGUGGUAAGAUAUUCGGUAGUGAUUAAGCGCAUUAAAGUUACAGUUAGUAUUCGUGUCUAUUCUCGAAGAACUAUUAAGUGUUUACCAGCCGUGUUUCUUGUUUUGCGUCUCUAACUGUUUAUUUUUGAUGAAUGAUUUAAAAUUUGCCCAAUAAUGGGUCGAUCAUAUUAUUGUGCAAUAUUGUUUAUAGGCCUAGUAUUUACUUUUUUUAAAAUAAAUUUGUCUUCGGCAACGACACUGUCAGGUCACUUGGAAUCGUCUGCCAAAGGAUCUGGAAAAUUAUUUGAAGCUAAUCUCGAUGGUUUUCCUGAGUUUGGAUUAGGCCUAGGCUUCAAUGAUGAAAACUACCAUUCUGUCAGAAAAAGGGAAGUCACAAGCCCUCCUCAUAAAAGCAACAUAACAACAGUGGUGAACAAGCUGAAUGACUCUCAUCAACAGUUGAUGGUUCAUUGGGCAGGAGUUGGGUCUGACGUCGUCAUAUGUCUUGCUCGUGAUCCAACCUCUCGCACCACCAAAACAGAGAAACCUUCUGCCGUCUACAUCUCGUAUGACUACGGCGACACUUUCCAGAACAAAACUGAAUCCUUUCUCAUCGACAAAGAUAAAGGACUCUAUGCAUCUAUCGAUAAGUUUUUUAACCACCCGAAGUUUGUUACUCAUAUUGUACUUCUGGACAAAACCCACAAGAUGAUCUUUACAACUUCCGACUCUGGAAAAACAUUUAAUAAGUACAGCUUGAACUUCAAUCCUGUUGAUUUGUCUUAUCAUCCGGAAAAUCCAAACAUCUUCCUCAUCCAUGAUGACAAACAAUCAUUGUGGUCGACGAAGGACUUUGGUAUGACGUGGUUGAGGAUGCAGGAGUUUGUCAAGACAUUCUACUGGGUGUCUGACGACGAAGGAGCCGGGGAGCAGUAUCUAGUGGCCCAGAGGGAGGAGCCAACUACGUCCUCUGUGAUAGCUGUCAAGGGAAUGUCCAUUGGAGGCACAAUGUCUGUCAGUCUGGUGGUCAAAGAUGUCGUCGACUGUUGGGUUAAGGGAGAGUUCAUCUUCGUCACACGAAAAGAUCCGAAGAACCCGCUACAUUUGGAUCUGCUGAUCUCACAGAGACGAGGAGAAUUCAAGAAAGCCGUGUUUCAAUCUGAACUUAACAACCAGGCUUACCAUGUUGUUGACGCUGACAGUAUGCGGAUCAUGGUGGCAGUGAGUCACUCUGAGUACCAGGCCAGUCUGUACGUGUCAGAAUUGCUAACUUCUGUGAAAGACAUAAAGUUUUCACUGUCCUUGGAGAGAGUUUUCUGCUACUUCCAUGAGAAGAGCUGGACCGACUCUUGGCUUAGAAAGUAUAUUGAAUUCAGACUUGGAAGGAAUGACGUUGCUGAUCAGACGUUCGCAGAUGUACACAAGGUGGAGGGUAUGAAGGGUAUAUACAUCGCCUCGCAAGUACUAGACCCUGCAGGCAUCAACCCUGGUGUUGAGAGUUUGCGUAGUGUUAUAACGUUUGACUGGGGCGGUGAGUGGAGGCUGAUCAGUGCACCGAAAUACAACUCCAACCAUCGACCUAUCAAUUGUAAUGUGGCCACCAACUGCUCACUGCAUCUGUCACAGAAGUUUGCCCAGAUGUAUCCUGUGACUAGAGCAACUCCCAUAUUGAGUUCCAAGUCAGCCCCAGGACUUAUAUUGGCAAUGGGAACAUUGGGAACUUCACUCAAAGGUCAUGUCGGACUUUACAUGAGUCAAGAUGCUGGCCUGACUUGGACACAGAUUCUUGAAGAAUACUACCUUUUCAACCUGGGCGACCACGGCGGUGUGUUGGCGGCUGUCAAAUAUUUCAAGUCUAACGGAGAGACCAACAAGAUGAGGUAUUCUACUGAUGAGGGAGAAAGUUGGAAGGAACACGAGUUUGCCGAUGAAGAUCUUAGGAUUUACGGACUCAUGACGGAACCUGGAGAAAACACAACAGUUUUUACAAUGUUUGGAUCCGUUCCCACUCAUCACCAGUGGCUCAUUAUAAAAGUUGAUCUGAAAAACGCAUUCACAUACAACUGUUCUACGGAUGACUACAAGUUCUGGUCCCCGAGCAGUGGUGACGAAGGAGUCAAAAUGACAUGUGUGCUGGGAGUGAAGGAGACGUACGAACGGAGAGUUCCUCACUCUAACUGUUUCAACGGCCGCGACUAUGAUCGACCAAUUAAGAAAGAGAUCUGCCCUUGCGACUUGGAGGACUUUGAAUGUGACUUUGGAUUUGAGCGAGCGGUGGGAAUGUCCCAAUGUAUACGCAACAAGAGCAUCGCGUCCAAUCCUUACGCUGUACCUGACUGGUGCAAACCAGGGCAGUUUUAUAACAGGACUAAAGGUUACUUGAAGAUACAAGGAGAUGUGUGUGUGGGAGGUCACGACCGACAAUACCUUCCGGACAAUGUCCCUUGUCCUUACGAUGAGCGCAAGGAGUUCUUAUUGCUGGCUCAGAAGGAUAGAAUCGUGAGGUUUGAUUUGGCCACACUAGAGCUGGAGCAGCUGCCUGUGCGAGGGCUACAGAACGUGAUCGCAGUGGACUUUGACAUUCACAACAACUGUGUGUAUUGGGCCGACAUCAUCACAGAUGAGAUUGGGCGUCAGUGUUUGGGAACAGACAACACCAACCUGCCGGAGGUGUUGGUAGAGAAGGAUCUGGCCAGCGUUGAAGGAAUGGCUCUUGAUUGGAUGACAAACAUGCUUUACUUCGUAGAUGGAAUCAAAGCUAGAAUACAGGUUAUUCGCACUGACCUAAGCAAUGCUGGUAGGAUGAGGAAGACAGUGCUGGGGCCAGAUAAGUUGAAGAAACCUCGAGGCAUUGCGCUUCAUCCGGCAGCUGGAUACAUGUAUUGGACAGACUGGGCUGUAAAUGAUCCGUGUGUAGCAAGAGCCAACCUCGACGGUUCAGAUAUCAAGAAACUGUUCACCAAACCUACAGUGGAAUGGCCCAAUGGGAUCACUGUAGAUUACAUAGCGGAGAGAAUCUACUUUGUCGACGCCCGAGAAGACUUUAUUGGCAGCGCUGACCUCGACGGAAAACACUUCCGCAAGAUCAUUCAUAACAAGGAACAAGUGGCGCACCCGUUUGCCGUAGCUGUGUUCAAGGACCUGAUGUAUUGGGAUGAUUGGAAACAAAACGGACUUUACUCAGCAGACAAAGACCACGGAGUUAGCAUACAGGCUGUGGAGACAAACCUACCAGGUCUGAUGGAUCUUAAGGUGUUUGCUCACAGUCUACAAGAAGGCAGCAACAAGUGCAGCAACAACAAAGACUGUUCACACUUGUGUUUCGCUCAUCCCAACAACCAGACUGUUUGCUUGUGUCCAGACGAACUUGUGUUGAGCAACGGACAGUGUUUGUGUCCUGGAGGCAAACCUGCACUGGCUAACGAUACUUGUCCCACAGAUGCCAACAAGAAGUGCCCGACAGAUCAUUUCAAAUGUGAAAACGACAUUUGUAUUCCUGUGCUAUGGCGAUGUGAUGGAGAUAACGACUGUGGUGACUUCUCUGAUGAGAUGCAUUGUGGGGAAAUGACUUGCCAGCCAGACCAAUUCCAAUGCAGAUCCAGUGGCAAGUGCAUUUCUGAUGAGUGGAGGUGUGAUUAUGAUAAGGACUGCGAAGACGGCAGCGAUGAGGAGAACUGCACUUACGCUGCGUGUACUGCAGGACAGUUCCGUUGUGCCAACCAACGAUGUAUCUCUGAACGCUGGGUGUGUGAUAUGGAAGAUGACUGUAGAGAUGGUUCAGACGAACUCAACUGCAACACCACUGCUCUACCAACUACAUGUGGCUCUGGCUACUUCAUGUGUCAAAGCCCUCACUCGUGUAUACCUCGGUCAUGGAGAUGUGAUGGUGAGAGGGAUUGUCCUGAUAAUUCUGACGAGGCCAACUGUGAAGGCAAUACUUGUGAGAGCUGGCAAUUCCAGUGCAAGGAGAACCGACGAUGCAUCUUCCUGGCUUGGCGUUGUGAUGGUGAUUAUGACUGUGGUGGCAGUGACCGCAGUGAUGAAGAGAACUGUACUACCACAUUGCCUCCUGCAGUGCCUACCAAACCUCCAAUAUUUACGACCAACUGCACUGAAUGGAUGUUCCAAUGCAACAACAAAAAGUGUAUCCCGUACUGGUGGAAGUGUGACACUGUCAAUGACUGCGGAGACAACUCGGAUGAGAUUGGUUGUGAGCCGAUCACAGGUCCUACUACACAUGUUACUCCACCCCCUCCCCCAGUGCAGGGCGUUUGUCAGACACAUCAGUUCCGUUGUAUCAACGGCGAUUGCAUCCAGGAUUCUUGGGUUUGUGACGGCAUCAAAGAUUGUGACAAAGGAGAAGACGAAGAACAUUGUCAAGGUACUGUGCCGUGUGACCCAUCCAAGGAUCAGUUCAAAUGUCGUACAGACGGAUCAUGUAUCCCUCUUAGGCAAGUCUGUGAUGGCAUCGUACAAUGUCCAGACUUCAGUGAUGAGAUGUCUUGUGUGCCUGGCGCUGCUCCUGCUCCUGCCGGCCCGAGCUGCCAGGAAGGAAUGUUCCCAUGCGAUAAUAACCGUUGCCUACCUUUAGCAAUGCUGUGUGACGGACAUGUCGACUGUUAUGACGAGUACGAUGAGAAGGACUGUAACAACACCAGCAAGGUUUAUCAGGUGCUGAGGUUUGGUGUGGAGAAGAGCAUGACCAACGCGACCAGCAUCAAACUGUACUGGUGGUUGCCGUUGUCUCCUAAACAGUUUGAGUUCCUACCUACCUACAGAGUGAACACACCCAAAAGUCCUUGGGUUAAUACCACCUGGACAACACAGACUGAGUAUACAUUCACUGGGCUCAGGCCGUACACACCUUACAACCUUACGGUGUACGUGCGUAACACGGCUACCAAGGAAGUGUACCCGGCUGCCAAGUUUAUGGCGGCCAUGACAGAACAAGCAGCGCCACAAGCGCCUUGGAAUGUGUCAGUACGCCAACUCAGCGCCAACCAGGUGAUAGUCAGCUGGAUGGCACCUCACCAGACCAACGGACCAAUCACCAGCUACUCUGUAUGUAUGACACCUCCAGUGCCACCUAUGUGUAAGGAGGUGCACGGGAGCAAGACUCAGACAUUGAUUGACUCUGACUUCAACACCGACAGUGCCUACUCUUUCUGGGUGAAAGCAAAGAACUCAAUGUACGAGUCGAAUAGUUCGGUCGUAUCAGUGUUGAAACUUGAUGAGUCAGCAAGACUUGAGCCGAUAACAGACCUGCAUGUUGAGACACGUUCCAACACGUCGGUGACACUUGUCUGGAGCGAGAUCAAACACGCCACCAAGUAUCACAUCAUACCUAAGGCGUUGAGUCUCGUGUUCCCAGACUUACCUACAUUGGAAGCUGCCGCGUCUAGAUAUACAGUUACGAACCUUGCACCUGGCACUGAUUACUCAUUUGAGGUGAUACCUUUCAACCAACAUUAUGAAGGGAGACCAGCUUCUAUCACCACCAGAACUAAUGGAGAACCACUGCCUCGUAUUGAUGAGUUGCACGUAGAAGUGGUGAAGGCUCAUGGAACCUCUAUCAAGAUCGGCUGGAGUCCGCCAGUGGACAACCGCAAGAUGGAUUGGCAAUAUGGUGUAUACUAUGGACUGACCAUGAAGGAGUUGUCGUCUAAAGGAGCUAGACUGACUACAACCAACACCUCAGCCACAGUACGAGAUCUUGCUGCUUGCGAGUCAUUCAUAGUGAGUGUAGGGCUGGUCGGACCUCUAGGAGUGGGACCGCUCAGUUCAAGCCCAGCCACAAUCAAGACACAAUUCAACGCUAGAGCUCCACCCAAGGCACUACGUGUUAUGGCUGAUCCCCACAACGACACAGCUAUGAGCGUCACAUGGAGUGCCAGUUGUACCCACGUGUCACAGGCUAUUGCCUACGAGAUUACAGUCACUGAGGUUAACCUGGGCUUGACAGCAGCCUACAGAUUGGCACCCACUGCUUCCGUUGAUUUGCAACACACUUUCUACAUACAAUAUGGUGGAGGAUACAAUGUAUGCAUCUCAGCGGCUGUCAAGGACAUGGUGAGUGGUCCCUGUGUACAAUAUUGGGCGAGACCUCUACCUCCGCCACAUCAGCUACAGGUACUACAGGAGACCAACGGCAGCCAUGUGUUAUACUGGAGACAAGAUGAACUGCCAGCCAACCUCACCAAUAAAGAUUAUCACUACGUUGUACUGGUAUCUCCGAGCAGUUCGCUCAAUGUUUCGACGGCUAAGCAGUUUAAGACGAGAUCUGCUCCGUUUAUCUAUAACCCAGAAGACGAGGAUACCAUUCACUCUUACGCUGUGGUCCUUGAGACGGAUGCUGGAUACAGAUCUCUACCUUCUGAGGUGGUGUCAGUUGCCUUCCCCAAAGACAUGUGGCCAGAACUUUUCCACCAAUCCAGUGUCAAAUCUAUGAUCUUACCAAUACUUCUCAUCAUUGUCGUCAUCUGCUGCGUAUUGGCCGUAGCUCUUGGCUUCAUCUCCUUCCGACAUCGCAGAUUACAGAACACAUUUGCCAACUUUGCCAACAGUCACUUCAGCACACGCUCAGGCACGGCGACAUUCAACACCGGUUCCGAUGGGCUUGGUGAGCAGCUCUCCGUCUACUUUUGAACCAACAAUACAUAAAUAGGAUGACGAGGACUCUCCAGUAAUCAGAGGAUUUUCUGAUGACGAACCUCUAGUAAUAGCUUGAUCUCGCUCGUAAACUUCAGUAUUGCCAUUGGAGUGUCCUUAGUCAGUUUUACCUUUAGACCAAAUACUAAUCGUAAGCAAGUCUUACUGUUACUAUUACGUUUGAUAGACUGAUGUAAAUUUGUUAGUGAUAAUGCUUGCCUCAAGCUCUAGUUGUGUACCUGUUCAUUUCCAUUCCUGAGUGAGAUGGUAAUUGAGGAAUAGACUUGCUGUUUCAUUUAUUUAUGUCUGAGUGAAUUUAUUUUGAGUAACAUGAAAGAUGUUUCAAGAGUCUGAGUGAGGAGAUUUAAUGUUUAAUGGAUCUAGUUCAGUUUUUUUUAAUAACUACAAAUUAUUGGUAUAGUUUGAAAUGAGUUUUCAGCGUCUGUUUGGAAAGACAGUUUGGUUGCUUGCUAGUUCAAAACUUUUGUAAACCUUGAUUAUUAAGUUUAAAUAGGAAAAUUUUAGUUAAAUGUGAAUGUUUAGCAUUUAGUUUUUCCAGAAUUUCCACAGUACUUGAGGUCAAAGAGUUAGAGUUAAUCGUGUGUGAAAUGAAAUAUAUUUUAUCUACGCAUUUGUGUAUUUUGUAUAUUUCUUGCAAUUACCAAUGUAUUUAUUACCGUAGGCUAAGCUGAGGAUGUUAUGUUUGAGUUUCUUUAAGCUGUAUACUGUUGUCUUUCAUUGUUUUAAUAGCUUUUCUUGUAAAGACAACAAUUUGAAUAUGGAUUUAAUAAAUAGUAUUAAAAUUGA